UGAGGCGGCACAGAGCGGGAUGACCUUGCCCUCUCUGCCUGACGGGUGCCAGGUAUAAAUGAGAGGGCAGGCACCGGACCCUUCACUUGAUCCUCGUCGUCCAGUGCAGCAUGUAUUCCCAGACAGCGUGUUUGUUCCUGGUGGCCUCGCUGGCAGCGGCGGCGCCCCAGACCUACCAGGCUACGGGGGUGCUGGAGCCCGAGUCUUCAGACCUUGGCUCAAAUGAAAGGAUCGUCGCCGCCACCAUCGACAUUCUGCCAGAAUUAGCCGAAGUCUUCGAGCGAAUUGGAGUGGAUGGUUUCAGAGACGGUGACCGAAGCCAGCAAGCGAUUUUGGAGUUCUUGCCUCUCACACGCAAGCUCUUGAAGGCCAGGGCAGACGCUGAGGGCACUGAAGUAAGGAAGGAGGACCUGCAGAGAGUCAACGCCGCCGAGGCUGUCAUGCCCGCAGUCAACGACUUCAUUAACAGACUCAGAAAACUGAACGUGUAUGGAUCCAGUGAUGCUCAGCAGUAACAAUAUCAGCUGGCUACGCUGUUCUUCACUCUAGAACUUACAUUAUACAUUAUAUAAACCACAGUAUGAAUGAAAUCAUGAAAUUGUAACAUUUGUAUCAAUUUAUUUAUUCUCUUUUCGAUAAAGAAUAGACAAGUAA